GGAAGCAGGGACACGUGUCAUGCGGAAAUGGAGUUGAUCCAUCCCAAGACUGGGCCUCUAUGCAUGGUAUGGUAUAACUUCAUGGAUUAGAGAUCCUCCUUCCUGCAUGUUCCGACAGAAAACGGCUGGGAGAUUUUCGUAGUGAAGGAACAAGUUGGAGAUCUUCUCUCUGCUGAUUGUUCCUUCUUCUUUCCCGAUCGAAAUCGUGGUGAUAUCGUUAUGUCGUCGAAUUUGCCAGAAUCCGAUUCUCGGAGCGGGUCAUCGGAUCCUGAACCUGCAUUGGAAGCUGCGACCACUGAUUCAGAUCCCAACCUCCCUGAUCGUAAGGAAACGGAGGUGCAGCCGCGUGAGGCAGAGACACCAGGGAAAGUACUAACAGAUGAUGCGCCAGAUCCUAAUGAAAUUGGUGUAAAACCAAGCGUCGCAGAAAAGUCGGGAGAAGUGCAAUCAAUUGAUCCAGAGGCGGUGGAUUCUGUACAGGAGGACGUCGUGUCGAUUGCAUUCAGUGGUGUGAACUCAGAAGCAGUGCAGUCGAAUGUGGACGCAGUGCUCGGGCCGAAGCUAGGAGAAUUGGAGGGGAAUCAGGCGAUUAGAGAAAUAGCUAAUGAAUUGAAGAAUGGCGAUUUCGACGGUAAAGACGGGAGAGAAGCUUCCGAUACUCCUCAGAGAGAAUCAAGCUCAGAAGAGCAAAUUGCGGAGAGUGAUACUGCUAUGGAGUUGAUUAAAAGUGUCACUUGUCUUGAUGAGGAAGGUAGAUCUCGGCAGAGGAUUCUUACCUUUGCUGCCAAGAGAUAUGCAGCUGCUCUAGAGAAAAAUCCAGAGGACUAUGAUGCAUUGUACAAUUGGGCUCUUGUCCUUCAGGAAAGUGCUGAUAAUGUUAGUCCAGAUUCUAGUUCUCCUUCCAAGGAUGCUUUACUUGAAGAGGCAUGUAGAAAGUAUGAGGAGGCUACCCAUUUUUGCCCUACACUUAAUGAUGCUUUUUAUAAUUGGGCUAUAGCAAUCUCUGACCGGGCAAAAUUGCGCGGCCGUACAAAGGAGGCAGAGGAACUCUGGAAACAGGCAACAAAGAAUUAUGAAACGGCUGUCCAGCUCAAUUGGAACAGUCCUCAGGCGCUUAACAAUUGGGGGCUUGCAUUGCAGGAACUCAGCUCAAUUGUUCCUGCUCGAAACAAGCAGACAAUUGUCAAAAAUGCCAUCAACAAGUUUCGUGCUGCAAUACGGUUGCAGUUUGAUUUCCAUAGGGCAAUCUACAAUCUUGGAACUGUAUUGUAUGGACUAGCGGAGGACAUAUCAAGAACUCGAGGACACAGGCACACGAAGGACAUCUAUCCUAAUGAGUUAUACAGCCAAUCUGCGAUAUACAUUGCAGCGGCACAUGCAUUAAAGCCCACUUACUCCCAGGUUUACACUAGUGCUUUAAAGCUAGUCCGCUCUAUGUUGCCUCUACCGUAUUUGAAGGCUGGAUAUCUUGCAGCACCGCCGGUGGAAAAUCCAAUUGCUCCUCACAGCAAAUGGAGACGCACUCGAUUUGUUCUAAAUCAUGAAAGCCUUAAAGAGAGUAACAAGAAAGUUGCAUCGAAUCUUCCAUCACAAUCAGGAGAUGGGAUCGAACAAUCUUCCAUAAGAGUUAAAAUACAAGAUAUUGUUUCUGUAUCAGCAUGUGGUGAUCUUACAUUGCCAAAAGGCGCAGGCCUGUGCAUCGACACAGUCCAUGAGCCCGUUUUCUUGGUUGCCGAGUCAUGGGAUUCUUUGGAUGGAUGGCUUGAUGCGAUUCGACUGGUCUACACCAUUUUCGCCCGCGGUAAGAGCAAUGUCUUGGCUAGCAUUAUAACUGCCUAAUUUUUGUAGCUGUAGAUCAUAUGAGAGAAAUUUUUUGUUUUUGAUCUUGUUUUCUUGAAGUAGCUUGUGGAUCAAUAACAAGUUCUCAUCCUGUUCUUGUAGACUGAUUUUAUUUAUUUCAUUUGGAAACUAUCACUAUU